UAUAAAGACCAGAUAUGCACAACUACUACUCACGAUGACUAACCGGGGGCUUGAAAAUACAGGCGACAUUUUGAUAUUGCCACUCAAAUAUGCUGAGGACCUUUUCAAGCUUCCGGAGCGCAUCGCCAAUCAGGAAGAGCAUAUACGAUCGAGGUUGGAGAGCAAGAUUCUCAAGAUCACCAGCCACAACGAUUUCUUGCUCAACGUGCUCAGAUCAGAUCUCAAUCAACAGCUACCUCGGCUCAACCAAGUACUAUCCGAUGCGGCCCAUCACCGGGUUUUAGAGAUUUUAAAGGAGCCAACCGAUGGCUGGACCGAAUUUGCUGUACUCCCAGCCAUGACGCAAAUCUCCAUCUACGUCUUGAGCAACGUCUUUGUCGGACCCGAGCUCGCCCGCAACCCGGAAUGGCUUGAUAUAAGCGUUCGAUUUACAAAGGAUCUUUUCGGUGCAGCCCACGCGCUCAAACGCUACCCCCAGUUUCUCCGUCCUCUUGCUAAAUACCGUUGUCCGGAAGCCAUGGCAGUUGUCGACGACAUUCGCAAAGUCAGCGACCUUUUAAAGCCCAUUAUUAGCGCCCGCCAGGAAUGGCGCGAUAAAGGUGCCGUUGUAGAACAAGACGACUUUGUGCAUAUGACUGUUAACAAGGCCCCAAAAUGGAAACAUGACAAUCUCGAGUUUUUAGUGCACACUGAGCUACAGGUUGUAAUGGCCUCACUCAACAACACCUCGGCCUCUUUAGUACACUUUCUUUACGACAUUACGGCUCUCUGCCCUCAGGUUAUCCCGGAGUUGAGGGCGGAAAUCCAAAGUGCGUUGGAAAAGACUAACGGUGCUUGGUCAUCUUCGGCCUUGUUCAACAUGAAACUGCUCGAUUCGGUCAUGAAGGAGUCGCUGCGCUUUAAUCCGAACCUUAUGAUCACGCCAAGGAAACUAAAAAAGGCAGUGCGGUUAUCGGACGGCACUGAACUCCCAGCCGGCGUGAACGUAUGUAUUGCCGGGUACGGUGCUCUGCAGGACGGUGAAUUUUACAAACACCCCGCCAAAUUCGAUCCUUACCGCUUUCUUAAGCUUCGCACAGGCGAGGUUGAAGACCCUUUGCAUCAUUCCAAUCCUGAGCAAUACCAAUUUGUCUCUACAACCAAGCAAAAUAUGACUUUUGGCUACGGGGUUCACGCGUGUCCUGGACGGUUCGUUGCCAAUACUGUCAUGAAAAUGAUCAUCGGGAAUAUCUUGAUCCAUUACGACAUAAAGCUGCCAGAUUGGGUUCAAGGUCGUUACCAGAACAUCAUGCAUGGUCAUUUCAUUUCGCCGGACCCUAGCAAGACCCUGAUGAUACGGAAGAGGAACGAUUAG